AUGUUCGCCAGCGAUCCAGAGGUUGUUAAUUUAACCCAUGACAGCCGCGAUCAGGCUGAGCGACUCUCGAGGGAGACGAACCAUCAAGCCCGCCCGGAACCUACCGAUCGUAUCAAUGGCUCAGCUGCGAAGGAUGGGGCUCUCGUGGAUGAAUUUAUCGUCCUCGAGGCUGCUCCUUCUUCAGCUGAGAUACCCACACCCAGUGCCUUCAAAGGACGGAGCCUUGGGGUCUUUGGGCCGGAAAAUAACAUUCGGCGCCAGCUCAGUGAUCUCCUGGUGCAACCGUGGGUUGAACCAGUUAUCCUCUUGCUUAUUGUCGCCCAAGUGGUCCUUCUAGCCGUUGAGGCUGCCCCGGACGUAUGGGGGGAGGGCAAUGCUCGGCCGAACCGAUGGGGAAAGACGCCAAUAGAUUGGGCCUUGUUCGCCAUAUUCAUCAUUUACACCCUCGAGCUCAUGGCUAAGAUUAUCGUGUCGAGGCUCUUCCAGGGUCCGCCCGAGCACAGCGCAGUUGAUCGUCAGCGCGAAGAUACCCGCGGAACCUUGUUCGACAAGAUCCGAACACAACUACUGCUGAACCAUUCCACGGCUGACCAGCCACCGCAGACUCAGCCCUACGGGCCGUUCGCCUUUGCUCGCUCCUUCGUACUCACACAAAAACCGCAUGUCCCGAAGACUUGGGAGGACAAGAUGCGGAUGGAAAUGACCAGGAAAGCAUUUUUGAGACACACCUUUAACCGGUUAGAUUUCGUCUGCGUUGUAGCCUUUUGGGUGUCCUUCAUCCUUGGCCUGACUGGGGUGGAACACCGCUACCACAUCUACAUCUUUCGAAUGGUGAGCUGUUUGCGAAUUGUCAGGCUGAUGGCUUUGACUAGAGGCAGUGCUUCCGUUCUGAGGGCCCUGAAGAAGAUCCUUCCCUUGCUGGUCCGAGUUUUUCUGCUCAUUACGUUCUUCUGGCUGCUCUUUGCCAUUGUCGGCGUACAAAGCUUCAAAGGCAGCCUGAGCCGGCAGUGUGUGUGGCUAGACCCGUCUCAACCGACUGAUCUGGCGGCGUCCUUCACCAACCCAUCCGGGUUCUGCGGCGGUCAUCUACGGAAUGAUACGGACUCUGCGCCAACCAUCCUCCCCUGGGUGUUUAUGACGCGGCCUGGAGACUUCACGUCGCUAAGCAACGGCACGGGCAGUGGUCAAGGACACAUUUGCCCGCGCGGGUCGAUUUGUCUUCAGCAGAGCCGGAAGCUGUACAACGACACUGUUCAUUUCGAUGAUAUCGUGCACUCAUUGGAGUUGACAUUCGUCAUCAUGAGCACCAGCACAUUUUCCGAUCUAAUGUACUCUACCAUGAACUCGGAGGCUGCCCCAGCAGCUUUAUUUUUCGCCGCAACGAUCAUAAUCCUGGCGCUCUGGCUUGUCAACUUGUUCAUUGCCGUUUUCAUAUCCUCCUUCCAGAUCAUCAGAGAGGAACACAAGAUGAGUCUCUUCAAUGCUGACGAAUAUAACCCCACGGAGGUCGAUCAUGAGACGAGAUUGCGAAGAAGGUCUACCCUUCAACUACUCUACAACAAGACAGCCUGGAUUUGGGUCCUUUUCAUCACCUAUGACCUCUUCGUUAUGGCAUCACAGAGCACAGGGAUGAACAACCAAAGAGUCCAGCUCGUUUAUGUUUCCGAGAUCGUGACAUCUAUUCUUCUGGAUAUCGAGAUUAUCAUCCGGUGGCUUGCAGACUGGCGCUCUUUCCACCGCGGAUACCGAAAUAUCAUUGACCUUUGCCUCGCUGUCGUUACAUCAGUUAUCCUGAUCCCGCCAAUAUACAAGUCCAGUCAAGUAUAUGCUUGGCUGACACUAUUUCAGAUAUUGAGGAUAUACCGCGUUGUUCUCGCCAUACCAGUAAUAAGACUCAUGAUCAUGAUGGUCUGGGGCAAAGGCCUCGGCAACCUUGCGCUUUUUGUGUUUCUCGCCACCUUUUUAAUCUCCAUUCUUGCAGACCAGCUUUUCCGAGGUGAGAUCACAAAGACGGAUUAUCAGAACAACGAUAUUUCAAUUAACUUCGAGUCCACUUUCAAUUCAUUCCUUGGAAUGUAUCAGCUUCUGUCCAACGAAAACUGGGCGGCCAUCUUGUAUAAUGUUACAGCCUUUACUACAGUAUACUCGACAGCGUGGAUCGGAGCCAUUUUCCUGUUUUUAUGGUACAUCGUCUUGCGCUAUGUCCUGAUCAAUAUGUUCAUCGCCGUUUUCGCAGAACAAUUUGAUAUCUCAGAAGACCAGAAACGGUUGACCCAAGUCAAAAUCUUUCUGCAAAACAAAUCGGACCGGACUCCGAGCGGCGACCUCUCUCUAGGAGGCUUCUUUUCUGCGGGACGACAGGGUCAACACGAUGACCAGGCAUCCUUGGAUUUGAUGCUCAAGGAUGCGGUCGUUCGUGAUUACCUCAAGGGACUUAAGGACGACAAAGACGAGUCGCCCCUCGCCAAUACCCAACUGGCCAGCCCAGGCUUUCUAUCUUCGGUCUGGGGUCGCCUAGUCCACCUCGCUAGUAGCCGAGAGCCCAAUCCGUUCCAUUCCAGCCUCACUGUUCCAGGUUCCUCCAACUCGGAAAUCUUUGAUGCCAGAGAUCUGGCCCAGCAGGCAGUCGCUUCAGCCGCAGCUCGGCGGAAAGCUCAGCGAGAGUAUCUCGCACGCCACCCUACAUACAACAACGCCCUAUUCAUUUUUAGACCGGGAAAUCCCCUCCGCCGCUUAUGCCAGGCAUUAGUUGGACCAGGAAGCGGGAGCGAUCGCUUCCAGGGAAGGCGGCCGAACACAACCGCCUGGUAUUUGUUGUCCUUGACAAUCUACACAGCGAUAAUCGCGAUGAUCGUCGUUACCUGCAUUGCGGCACCCCUCUAUCAAAAAGAAUACUUUGAUCGGCACACGUUCAGCAUUUCGAGGUGGCUUGUGUGGACAGAGGUGCUCUUUCUAAUCCUCUUUUCACUCGAGGCUCUCAUCAAGAUCGUCGCCGACGGCUUUUUCUUUGCGCCCAACGCCUAUCUCCGAAGUUCGUGGGCUAUUAUAGACGUUCUGGCCUUGCUGUCUCUCUGGCUCAAUGUGGGUUUCUUGUUCGCAAAUGGCGGAACCGUGCCGCGAGUGGUUGGGAUUCUGAAAGGUCUGAGAGCCCUCCGCCUCUUGCGCUUCACCGACGCCACCCUUCAGAUAUUCCGGUCCCACCUUGUCGCCGGAGGAUGGAAGAGAAUCAGUGUUGCACUCGUCUCAAUGUCUUUGCUACUCCCAUUCGCCAUAUACGGAGUGAAUUUGUUCCACGGCCAGAUGGUCUCCUGCAACGACGAAACUGACAGCAUCGUCCGUCUUGAGGACUGUUUUGGCGAGUACAAUAGCAUUCCAUUUCCGGGCCAGAACAAUACCUGGAAUCUUGUGGCUCCAAGAGUAGCAUCCAAUCGCUACUUCAGCUUUGAUAACUUCGGGGCCAGCCUCUUCACGCUCUUCCAGAUCAUCACCUCUGGAUGGGUGGAAGUGUCCGUCGCAGCUCAGUCGACCACCGGAGCCGGUAUGCAACCUCGGUUUGGUGCAUCCCGGGGAAAUGCCAUAUUCUUCGUGAUCUUCGUUUUCUUGGCACGAGUCUUCAUAAUCGCGUUGCUCAUCUCCAUUCUGAUACGGAACCGAAUAGAGCAGACCGGCGUGGCCUUCCUGACCAUGGAGCAGCGAUCCUGGCAGAAACAACGGGAAGAGCUUCGACAAAUAUCUCCGGAUAACGGCUGGAUUGAUAUGGAGAAUCAGAAGAAGGCGUGGUACCGGAGGAGAGCUAUCAAGAGGAGAGGGAAAUGGUACAAGACACUUACCUUUGUCCUAGUGCUGCAGCUCAUACUGUUGAUUGUGGACUAUGCCGCGGAACCGGACUGGUGGGCCAAGACGAAAGACUAUGUUCUCUUGGCUUUUACAAUGCUUUACAUGGCCAAUAUUGCCAUCCGCAUCAAUGGUUUGGGAUGGCGCCGAUUUCGUCAGAGCGCAUGGGAUGUGCUCGCGCUGAUCGCCGUGCCGGCCGGGUUUGCUUUGUCUAUUGCCAACCUCGUCAGGCCCGGCGUGGACGGGCUCGUCCAUGUGCAACAGCUCUGCAUGGUCAUCAUCCUGUGUCUCCUCAUCCCGCGCAACGAGAUGCUUCAGAAGCUUUUCCGCACGGCCUCACUAAGCCUGCUGCCCGCGGCAAGCCUGCUGUGGACUUGGGUGGUCUUCUUCAUGGGUUUCGCUAUUGCGAUGACGCAAGCCUUCGGCCUGACUCGUCUCGGUGGACAGUACAACGGAAACUACCUGAACUUUCGUGCUGUCCCCAACGCCCUCAUACUGCUCUUUCGCAUGAGCUUUGGGGAGGGCUGGAACCGCAUCAUGGAGGAAUUUGCCAAUGUCGCACCUCCCUUUUGUACAGGAGAGGACUGUGGGAGUCCGAAGUGGGCCUAUGCCCUUUUCACGAUGUGGAACAUCAUCAGCAUGUACUUCUUCGCCAACUUGUUCCUGGUGAUCAUCUACGAGCGGUCCUCUUAUGAGUAUCACUGGUCCAGCUCUGUGAACCAGGACGAGAUCACCGGGUUCAAGGUUGCUUGGCGCAAAGUGGAUCCGGACGGUACGGGCUUCAUCGCCAAGGAAGACCUGGUCAGGAUUCUCGGGGAGCUCUUCGGGGUCUUCGAGAUGCGCAUCUACGACCGCGAGGACUCGGUCGCUUCGAUACUGGAAGACGUCCGCGGCGGCAACACGGCUGCCCAGCUAGCGCUCCGCUCCGCGGCGGCAAGGCAGAGCGCUGGUAUUGACCUACAGAAGCUGAAUGCGAGGCUAAACCGGAUCAACAUUGCAGAAGUGCGGAAGCGGAGGAUGCGGCACAAUCUCUUCUUCGAGGAGAUGAUGAUGACGGCCGAUCCGGACCGCGGACUCUCGUUUACGAACGUCCUCAUCGGGUUGGCGCAGUAUAACAUCGUCAGCGACAGCAAGUGCUUGCGGUUGGAAGAGUUUUUACGACGCCGUGCCAUGCUGCAGCGCGUCGAAGACCAAAUUCGCAGGAAUACUGCCCUCAGAUUCUUUGAUACGAUGUAUUGGUUGAGGAAGUACCGCUACCAUCGGGAGAUGAAACGCGGCGAGCGGCUGACUUCAGUCCCUCAGUUCCCUGUCCCGGAGAUCCUGGUUGAUGACGAGGAGGAACGCGCUGCGGGAACACAGGAGUCGCCACCAGCCUUGUCCCGAUCAGACUCGCCCGACCUGACCCAUGGUGAUGAGGUGGAGCCUGACCGCCAUCUCAUGUCGACUCCUGAUGAAGUUCGUGGGCCAGGGGGUAGCCCUAUUGGAACAGCAUCAGAACGAAGAACACACUCGAAGACAUGGUAA